AUGGGGCUCGACGUCGGCGAGAUCGGGAUGCCCCUCGACCUGGGCCUCGACCUCAGGCUCUUCGUCGCCAAGACCGCCGGCCGCCUCGCCAAGGAGGCGCCCGCCGUCGACGCCUGCAUCCGCGGCCUCGAGGAGGAGCGCCGCAAGAUCGAGGUCUUCCGCCGCGAGCUGCCCCUCUGCGCCCGCCUCCUCGCCGACGUCAUCGAGUUCAUGAAGGAGGAGGCCGCCAAGAGGAGCGAGCGCCGCGACGCCGACGACAACGACAAGCGGAAAUGGAUGAGCACCGCGCAGCUCUGGGUCGACAGCCGCGCCACCGACGCCGCCGAUCCCGUCAAGGAGCAGAAGAAGGAGAGCGCCCUCUCCAAGCCGAUGCUGCUCGGCGGUGCCACCGGCGUGCCCAUGGCAGUCAGCUGCGGCGCAAUGCCGCCGCCGGCGGCUCCCCAGUAUCUCGGCAGGGACGACAAGAUUGUUGGCACACAAGGCCUGCCUGCUCUGCCCAUGAUUUCUCCGGCUGCGAACAGGCAGUUUUCUCCCCCUGCCGACGACCGUCAUCAGGCCUUCGCCGCAAAAUUUGCAUCCGCCAUGCCGCCUCCGGGGCCUGGCUUGCAGACUCAUGAGCAGCAGUCGAGGAAGACAAGGCGGUGCUGGUCGCCGGAGCUUCACCGGCACUUUGUUGCCGCCUUGCACCAACUCGGUGGCCCUCAAGGGGUGGCCGUCUCGGCACUCACCGGCAGCGACAGUUCCGAGGAAGACGACAGGUCGUGGGCCAUCAUCUUUACUUUCUGCCAUGGCGUCCGCUACGAGAAGAUGUUGGAGAACCUCAUGACCCGAGAGAUCCUGACGGUGGCCGAGUUGUUCGCCCUUGCGAAGAAGUGCGCCAAGACCACCGAGGCACAUGCUUUUCAUCACACAAGAACCGACCCGAUGAAGGUCGGGGGCGCCGACCAUGAUGACAUCACCAAAAAGACGAAGACGUGCAAGGCCAAGCUUGUCCUAGCGGUGGAGCCCCAAAGCCGCAAGACACAGCAGGGCAGGCUAGAAGCCGACAAGGAGAAGGUCAAGGCCGUUGGAGAGGGCGUAAGUAAGUGGUGCCCUCUCCAUCGGUCCAAAGGGAAUGGCCUCGAGAACUUCAGGGAAGUCCAGAACUUCGUCGAGGUUCAUCGCCGGGACGUCGCGAGGUCAAACACGAUAGUCACAGCGGCCAGGAGUGAGAGGGAGGACAUGGUGCUCGCGGCACUCGCGUCCGCAAAGGGGAUCGCGACAGGCACUGAUGGCCUACAAGUGCACAUGGUUUAG